GUCAGCCCAGGAAGGCAAGGGAGGCCACAGCAGCUGGGAUGGGAGGCUUCUCCUCUUCCUGCGGCUGCUGGGAUUUCUCAUAAGAACCACCAAAACCUAAACCAUCCUUUUCCAGGAUGCUGCUCUGUUCUCACCUCACCAGCUGCCUUUUCCGUCUUCUCUGGGGAAGAAGCUGAGCCCUCCGCUGCUGCGUUCCCAGAAAAGGAGCUCUGCCACACUUUGCGUUGGCUCUCUACUGUCCAGUGCCAGGCUUCAGGCUUCACCUUGACCUUGCCCUGCUCCCCAAAGUCUCACCUGCUUCUGGGACACACAAGAGGAGCUUCUUCCUCAUGAAGAUGGCUGAGAACACUUUCCUGGCUCCAGCGCUGCUGUGGCUGAUGGUAGUGAUAGUCCCGGGAGCCGAAGGAGCAGAGCGACCCCCGGAGGCUCCCCCCGCGGACCCCCGGGCUCUGCUGCUGCUGCUGCCGGUUCCGAGGAAGAGGCCAGAGGGGCCCCGGGGGUCUCCCACGCAGCAAGGGGGCUUCCAAGCCAUGGAGCAGGAGGAGGAGAAGGCCUCGGAGACCCUCCGGGAGCGACCCUCGGAGCCGGGACCCCUGGGGGGAGCCCGAGGCAUUUCGGGGGUCCUGGAGAAGUCUUUCCAGAUCUCUGCCUCUGCGCUGGUGUUUGCUGCCUUCUGCGGAUGGGGGGUGAUGAUGCCUUUCUGCCAGCCACAGAAACUUCAGAUCAGAGGGAAGGCAUGGAAGUGGCUCAGCCUCUAUGCAAAUGGAUUGGCAUGCUUGGCUUCCGCUCUGGCUCUGGUGGCCCUCGCCCUUUGGAGCUAUGACCAAGGAUUCCCAGCCAUCUUCAUCUUCCCCACCAUCCUCCUCCUCCAUGUGAUCCUGGUCACGGCGCUGGUGGUAGUGACCAUCAUCUUCCGGCUGGACGUGCUUCAUCAGGUCACUGACCGGGCAGCGCAGCGCAUGUUGGACCUCACCACCCCUGGAGGGGCGAUUGUUGUUGCUGUGAUAUCUAGCCUCCUCAUCAAGUGCAUUAGACGGCUGCAAGAGGAAGAACAUGCUGAACCUGUUGACUUAACAGCUGUUGUUGCUGGAGCAGCCGCAAUGUGCCUCCUCCCAGCAGUCAUUAUUGUCGUGGUCCACUGCAUGGAUAUGCAGAAGCGGGCUGAAGAGGAACGGAUCUCCAGAAGGAAAAAGUGGAAUGAGGAUAUCCAGCAAGGAAGGGUUAGUCUCAUGGCCCUCUCUGGCUCAUCUCUGGUCCAAGGGGAGCCUGCCGGUCACUGACCACCCGGACAAAGCCAGAAGAACGCAUCCCCAUCACACUGGACCUUCCGCUGCAAAGACUUUUCCCUCAAAAGCUCUUGACCCAUCACUUUCGGCUGUGUGUUUGGAAACUGCUCCAGAGCCAAUAAAGAUAGUCCCCUGUGUC